AUGUACGUUGUCAAAUCCUCAAAGCAACGAUCAUAUGUUAAACGUAAAGUGGAUGUCACUGACAAUAAAUUUGAGGAUGUGGUGCAGAAAGUUGAUGACAGUGCUAUUGGAUUCGAUCAUUCAAUUCAUCAAAAUAAAUUAGAAGAUGCUCGGAACGAUAAAGAGACGAAUGAUCAACAGCAAAUAACAAGCGAAAACGAUUCACAGUUGCAAUUACAUGAGUUUCCACAGAACUUGAAUGAAGAAGAAAAAAUUCAUGGAAAGAAACAUGGAGUCGCGAAAAAAGAUCUUGAUGAUACGACAGAUAACUCAAUUAGUAAAAAUCAUCGAGUCGUAGACACUUCUACUGCCGAAGAAAAUCCGAAAAAAACACAUGGGAUCGUUAAUAAUGAAAAUAUUAACCUUGAUCCUAUUGUGGAAUACGCUGAGGAACCUUUAUUACCAUUAGCAGAGGCAUGUGCUCCACUGAUCAACAUCGUUGACGAUAUCUUGACUUACGUUCAAUUGGCUCUCGAUGAAACUCCAGAGGAACCAGCAGAUGGUCUGACAGUCGAUGAAAGUGCAUCGAUUCGUCUUUAUACGAUCGAAUGGCCAGGCUCUCAUCGAAGUCUCUAUUCCAAACUUAAUCGUACUCUUAAGGCCGUCGAUCGCGAGGAACUUCGUCCCUAUUUUAAGUACCUGAAACUACUUUUAACUGCUCUAGUUAAACUACCAUGCGUUCCAUCAAUGACUAUCUGGCGAGGAGUCACCAAAGAUUACAGUGCUAGUUUUCCACCUGGAGAACUUGUAACAUGGUGGACCUUUUCAUCUUGCACAACUACAAUGACGGUACUUGAGAACAACAUGUACUUGGGUACAACAGGCUCGCGAACGCUCUUCUCCAUCGAAGCCAUCAAUGGUCGAGCAAUACGAGAUCAUUCACAUUUCGCUACUGAAGAUGAAAUUCUUCUUCUACCUGGUACACACAUGGAAGUUCAAUCACAAAUGAUUCCAGCGACUGAUCUUCACAUUAUUCAUUUAAGACAGAUCAUUCCGAAUGAAGUACUUUUGAAGCCUCCUUUUGAAGGUGCAUGUCUUUAUCCUAAAACUACGCAAAAAUGGUAUCACAAGAAAAGAUUUAUUCUUCUAAUGUUUCUAUUAACGAUUAUUACCUUGGGAGCAAUUAUUCUUGGCUCUGUUUUAGGAUCAACACUAACCAAGAAAGUACCAAUUCCAAAAUAUGUUUGCACGAAUCCUUACACAUCUCCAAUCAGCUAUGAUAUUGGUAAUACUCCAAUGUCUGCAACAUUCGGUGAUUUCAACAAUGAUGGAAUACAAGAUCUAGCUGUAGUCAAUCAGGGAGACAAUACUAUGAAUGUGGUGUUUGGCACUGAUAAAGGCACCUUUCCAAUUGACACGACGUAUAUGACUGGUGUCAAUCCAAUCUCCGUGACAUCCGGUGAUUUCAAUCAUGAUGACUUAUUGGAUUUGGCUGUGGCAAAUUUCAAUGAAAACACGAUUAGUGUACUACUUGGUAAUCAGAAAGGAGGCUUUACAACUCAAACAAAGUAUGAAACAAGAGAAGAUCCAAUCUCUAUUACAUCAAGUGACUUUAACCACGAUGGUCAUCUGGAUUUAGCCGUAGCUAUUUUUCGUGAUAAUAGUGUUAGUGUAUUUCUUGGUUAUGGCAACGGAACAUUUAGCACAGCAAUUCUACAUGGGGCAGGAAGAUGGCCAAUUUUUAUAAUAUCAGAUGAUUUCAACAAUGAUACGAAUAUCGAUUUGGCAGUGGCAAAUGGGGCCCAAAACACUCUCAGUAUAUUGCUUGGUAAUGGCAAUGGAUAUUUUCAGACUCCAUUAAAAUUUGAAACGGGCGAUUAUCCACGUUGGAUCACAUCGGGUGAUUUCAAUCACGAUCAAAAACAAGAUCUUGCAGUAACUAAUAAACUCAAUAAUAGCGUUAGUGUCCUAUUCGGCAAUGGUGAUGGGACAUUUCAGUCUCAAGUUAAGUAUAAGACCGGAGCAUAUCCAAACUCUAUCAUAUCAGGUUAUUUCAACAAUGACAAUAAUCUAGAUUUAGUAAUUACCAAUCAAAUAGAUAACAGUAUAAGUAUACUACUCGGCUAUGACAAUGGAACCUUUAACGAACGAUUAACAUAUAGUACUGGUAAUUUUCCAUUUGGCUUGACAUCGGGUGAUUUCAACAAUGAUACAAAUUUGGAUUUAGCUGUGACUAAUUCUAAUGAGAGCACAGUUAGUGUAUUAUUUGGUAAUGGAAACGGAACGUUUCAAGCUCAAAUAAUAUAUUCGACUGGUUUGACACCAAAUGCAAUUCUAUCGAAUCAUUUCAAUAAUGAUACAAAUUUGGAUUUGAUAGUAGCAAACGUUGACGACAAUUAUAUUGAUCUGAUGUUAGGUACAAAAAAUGGAAUUUUUCAGGCUAGAAUAACGUAUGCCGUUGGGCAAAACCCUCGAGUUGUAAUAUCAGGUGAUUUUAAUAAUGAUAAACGACUAGAUUUGGUAGUUGCCAACUCCGCAGAUAACAAUAUCGGUGUUUUCAUAGCCGAUAGAAACGGAUUCUUUCAGUCUCAAGUGACAUAUACCACUGGCAAGUCACCAAUAUCUAUCACGUUGGGUGACUUUAACAAUGACACAAAUUUAGAUUUAGCUGUGGUGAAUAAUCUCGAUAAUAGCUUUAAUAUAUUUCUUGGUAAUGGUGAUGGAAUUUUUCAGACUCCAAGUACAUAUAAUACUGGUAAUGCACCAAGCUGUAUAACAACGAAUGACUUUAAUAAUGAUAAAAAGUUAGAUCUAGCUGUGACGAAUUAUAACGAAAAUAAUGUCAUGGUGAUGUUGGGCAAUGGAGACGGUUCUUUUCAAAGUCCUAUAAAGUAUGAGACUGGCAAGAAACCGAGCUAUGUUAUAUCAACUGAUUUGAAUCAAGAUGGAAGAAAAGAUCUAGUAGUAACAAAUUUCGGUUCAAACACUAUAAUCAUAUUUCUAAGUAAUGACAGUGGACCAUUUCUCAUUGAAAUGCAAUAUAGCGUUGUUAUGAAUAUUUAUUUCUCUGAUCGUGUUGUUGCUUUCUAG